CGAGCCUAAACACAAAAAAUGCGUUUCUUGAUUGUCGUUUCUCUUUUGGCUUUCAUAGCCGUUGGCUUAGUGACUGCCCGUCCAGCUGAGGAUGAGGAGUCCUCUGGCCAGGAAAAUGCAGUUGAGGAUUCGUCUAACAACGAUGAAGAAAAUAACACAAUUGUUGCUGAAGAAGAAUCUGCUGAUGAAGAAACCCAGGAUUCUGGCAAUGGGGAAAACCAGGAAUUCGGAGGAGGUCAGGACUCUGCCAAUAAGGAAAGCCAAGAAGAACCCAAUAAGGAGGACAAUCAGGAAAGCUCUGGCGAUGAGACCAAUUCCGAAACGAGAGGGGAUGAUAACAACGAGGGAGAUAACAACGAAAACAGGGAUAACAACGAAGGUGGAGAUAACACCGAAUCGGAGGAUAACAAUGAUGAGCAAUAACCAAGAAACAAACUCGACCAUUUAGGCCAAGCUUCGGAAACAAUAAGCCUCUUUUUCUCUAUGCCAAACCCAUUGUCCUCCAUUAGGACUAAGCUUUUUUGGUGUGUUCCAAAAUAAUAAAAUGGUUAUAUAUUAAAAUAUGUUUGAUGUUGUUACCGAAGAAAAAAA